CAUCGCUGGCGGGGGGCGGGGCCGGAAGCCCGUUCCCCGUGACUGCGCCACGUCUGAGGCGGCUGUGGCCGCGUCGGUGUUGGCGUCGAGGAGCCGGGGCAGGGCACGAUGGCGGACUGGGCUCGGGCUCAGAGCCCGGGCGCUGUGGAAGAGAUUCUAGACCGGGAGAAUAAGCGAAUGGCCGACAGCCUGGCCUCCAAAGUCACCAGGCUCAAAUCGCUUGCCCUGGACAUCGAUAGGGAUGCAGAGGAUCAGAACCGGUACCUGGAUGGCAUGGACUCGGAUUUCACAAGCAUGACCGGCCUGCUUACAGGGAGUGUGAAGCGCUUUUCCGCAAUGGCAAGGUCCGGACGAGACAACCGGAAGCUUCUAUGUGGCAUGGCUGUGGGUCUAAUUGUGGCCUUCUUCAUCCUCUCCUACUUCUUGUCGAGGGCAAGGACGUGAGACAGUGGGAGCUGGUGUCUGUGGGUGCCAAGGGCAGCCAUUGUCUUCCCUGCCUGGCGUCUUGGGCUCCAGAGGACUUACCUACAAAGUACUCCUUUGAAAUUAUAAUCGUGGGCCAGGAAUCCUUUCUGUCUGGCAGGAGGCUGCGGCUGCCUGUGACCUGAUGAGCUCAUGUUGGCUGGUCCCAUGUGUGGAAGGGACUCUCUCGGGGAAACCAAGGCCCAGCCCCUCCCCCCUCCCCCAGGUGCUAGAGACACAAGCAGAGCUGGGGCCGCAGCGUGUCUGGAGGAGCCAGGUCUGAGCAGAGCAACUGUUGAAUCCCAGGCGUGGCCACCUGUGGCCUGCAGCCUUUCUCCCAGCUCUUGGGACACUGACAUCUGAAGGUUCCACAGUCGUGUCCUUGUCUGGAUGAGGCCAUGUCUGUGAUCCAAGGUUCCUGGAACUGACACAGGAAGGGGCUGUGAACCCUAAGUGGGUGCUAUCUCCUCCAACUGAGGCUUCUCAGCCUGGAGAUGGCAGUUACUCCUGGCCAUGGUUGCUGAACACGGGAGACCAGUGCGGGCCACCCUGCUGUGAGUUCUCUGUGCCUACUCUCCAGUCCUGCGGAUGAAGUGAGACCCUUGGGGAGAACGGGUUGUGGAUGAAGGAGUGGACUGCAGCCUUGGCCUAGCCACUGGGCGGGAUCCUUCUGGGUCCUGUGACUGUGUAUCCAGGAGCAGAAACUUGUAUUCUCAGGAUUCAGAAUCUACCCAGCACCAGAGAUGUGUUUUCAGAAGAACAGACCUAGAAAUGGGCCUCUGUGGCAUUUCAGAGUCAGGCAAAGCAGGCAGGGCCGGGGAGCCACUGUGGGUCUACACAAGAAGGUUCCUGAGAGGCUGUCAGUUGUUGCCAUCUAGCUUGCUGGUAACUCUGGCGCCUCUGCCAAGCCCCGCCAGACUCCUCUGGCUGUGAUGGCGUUCUGUGCCAUCCUCCUUGUCCCCAGCCUCUGCAGGAUGCCCUCCCUACCCACCUCUCCCUGGGCCUUCGCUGUCCACUGGGCUGGGCUCAUGUUCAAACAACUGGACUGGCAGGGCAACGGCUUUUCCCCACCUCAAGAUGAGGUCCUUGCCCCCUUGGCCUAAAAACACCUUUAAAGC